UUCAUUUUCACUGGGGCUUUCCAGAGAGCGAGAGCCAGGUUUAUAAGAAACACAUAGUGCUGAGAGCUCUGCAGUUGACAGGGAAUAUGCAAAGGGUUAGCCACCUCUCCAUAGAAAGCGAAGCUGAACACUCUAAACUUCACUGUUUUCAACGGAUUGUUUGGCAGUAGGAUAGCCAACUUUUGGUCUCUUGUCUGCCCAAGCUGGAUGCCUGCGUCUGCUGCCAUAAUGAAACUCCCAGUUUGCAUCAUGACAUCACUUUUAUGGGUGCUGGGUCAGUGUAGGACCGCAGAUCCUGGUAUUCAACUGAACUGCAUUGCAGACUGGAACAUUUUGAAAGUUAGCUGCACUGUUGGUUUCCCAAGGACAGCCUCCAACUGUAUGGUUGAGGAUGCCUUCCUGAAUAAUACAGCUGCAAUUGUUUCUGGAAAUGACACAUUCACUGUUGAUGUCAUGGUUGAAGAAGGAUGGCAGUAUUUCACUGUUAGGACAAACUGCGGUGUAGAAAAUGGAUACUUUGAAGUUACACAUGUUGCUGCACUAUCAGGUGAACAUGAUGAAAACAUUGAUGGGAAAUCACUUACUCCUACUGAUGAUCCCCCAGUUCAGGCAGGGGCUAUGUGGGCCAUCGGAAUCCUCACUGUAGCAUUGAUUGUUGGCAUAGUCUUAAUGUUUUCAAUGGGGCUCAGGAGGCACUCAAGCUUAUGGAGGUCCAGGAUGUGGACCCAAUCAGCAGACACGGAUGUGGAGCGUAAUGACAGCAGUGAGCCCCUCUCAGUGGGUCAGGAACCAAGAGACACUCACACACCUGUGGUGGCCUCAGACACAGAUGAAGCCUCCAGCUGAUUCCAGAUCCAGACACUGUGCAACUCCAGACGGGGUGAAAGUGAACACUGCCAUCAAGUGUAAGCAGCACAGCACACACAAGCUGCCGCGUGAAGCCACACGCAACACUAAAACACUAAUUUCCAGCACUGUGAGGGAAACAAGAGGAGGCUUGCUGGCGAGCACCAUUCUUUUCCUAAAUAUGUUUUAAUUUGCCAUUUCUGCCCAAUGGGUUAAUAUGUAUGUGUUUUGGGUCUUUUGUGUAUGUGUGUGUGUGUGUGUAUGUGUGUGUGUGUGUGUUUGCAUGGUAUAAGCUUUAGUUUAACUUUAAGUGAACUGCUGCUGAAUUGUUAAUAAGCACGCGGGGUAAGCUAUGUGAUCUGUAGCCCAUGUGAAUGGUUGUGUAAAUACAUACUUCUAUCGAGUGCCAAACUGCUGGUGUUCAGUGUAAAAGGCAUUCACUGUAAAUAUGUACAAUAUAUAUAUAUAAUUUAUAAUCAAUGGUGAAAGAAGGCAUGGGGAAUGGGGAGAUGUUCUAGAACCAGAUCAUGUUCCCCAGGUUUUGCACUUAUUCCAGGCUGAAUCAGGUCUGAUUGGUCUGAUGGAUUAUCAGCUGUUAUUAGCAUAACAACAUGUUAGCAUUAUCUCUACCAGAUGAGCUUUUGUUCAGGCCAUCCAUUAUAGAUCCAUUAUAACACUAUAACUCUUUGUAGGGCUUCCAGCUGGUAUCUGGACUCAGGUUGAAAUAGCAUUGUAUUGUAGUAGGUGAACAUUAA